AUGGGGACGGAGGUGGCGGGCCGGCGGGUACCGCCGGUUCUGGUGCCGGUGCUGGUGCUGGCCUUGGGCGCGGCGGUGCGCGGUGGUCCCGGCCCCGUUACCUGCGGCUCUGUGGUGAAGCUACUCAACGUGCGGCACAAUGUCCGUCUGCACUCGCACGACGUUCGCUACGGCUCCGGCAGCGGGCAGCAGUCGGUGACCGGGGUGUCGGCGGCGGAUGACGGGAACAGCUACUGGCGGGUCCGGGGCCGUACGGCGGCCGUCUGCGAACGGGGCACGCCGGUGCGCUGCGGGCAAGCCAUCCGCCUCACCCACCUGGGCACCGGCCGCAACCUCCACAGCCACCGCUUCGCCUCCCCACUCUCCGGAAACCAGGAGGUGAGCGCGUUCGGGGAGGCCGGUGAGGGCGACUACCUGGACGACUGGACAGUGGUGUGCAGCGGGACCUACUGGGCGCGGGACGGUGAGGUGCGCUUCCAACACGCCUCCACCGACGUCUUCCUUUCGGUGACGGGGGAGCAGUACGGGCGACCCAUCCAUGGGCAGAAGGAGGUGCAUGGCAUGGCUGCCUCCAGCCAGAAUAACUACUGGAAGGUGAUGGAGGGCAUCUUCAUGCAGCCCAGCGAGGUCUUCAAAGCAGAGCGGUACCAUGCUGAGUUGUGAUGGACAGACAGACUGCCACCGAGCCUCUGGGCGCUGCCCUGUGGUGUUCGGGGCUGCUCGACCCGGGGGAUGGCCCCUGUCCCCACCCGGGUCUGACACACGCCAGGAUGCAGAACCCCAAAUCCAACACGAAGCAGAUCCCAGUGUCCUGAAUUUGAUGUGGAGCAGAUCCCGGUGCCCCAAAUCUAAGACGAAGCGGGUCCCAAUGUCCAGACCUGACCCAAAACAUAGCCCAACAGUUGAGAUCCAACAUGAAGCAGGUCUUCACGUCCUAAAUCCAACCCAAAGCAGAUCUUCCUGUCCAGACCUGACCCAAAGCGGAUCCCAACAUCCGAGAUCCAGCACAAAGGAGGUCCCUGUGUCUCAAAUCCAGCACAAAGCCGAGCCCAAUGUCCAGACCUGACCCAAAACCGAACCUGAUAUCCAGACCUGACCCAAAGCUGAGCCCAACAUCCAGACCCAACCCGGAGCAGAUUCCUGAACUCCCCAAUCCUUUUCGGAGGACUACCCUCCUCUGUCGUCCCCCUCCGGCCGAGGACCCCCCCGGAGGGUUGCUGUCCCCCCCCCCGGAACCUGUGCUCCGG